GGCACAAGACCAGAGAAAACAUCUCAACCAUCGAUCGAUCGAUAGAUAGAUAAACAGAUAGAUAGAUAGACAAAUAGACAGAUGAUAGGCAGAUAAAAGAGCUAUCCAAAAGUAACACUAUACAUUGGACAUUGCAGGGUAUUACGGUCACUCUUGAAAUUUCUGUUUCUGCAGCCAUAGGCCUACAAACAGAAAUCCCACUCUAAAACAUUCGGCAGUCAGUGGCUACCGUCAAUUGUUUAGUCACCAACAUUCUUCAGAAUAUCUUCUUUUGUGUUCAACAGAAGAAAGAAACGCAUACAGGUUUGGGACAAGUUGAGAGUGGCUAUCAUGCUCGGAGAAGCUUUCCUUCAUGUUCUGAACUGCACAGAAGACACUACAAAUCAUGAUGGACAUGCUCGCACACGCUCACCCACCCCCUUGACCCGUCCCGACCCCUGCACGAUGAACGGCGUUGCCAGAUCGCCUCUGACACCACGAACUGUGAGAGCUGGCAGGCCUGAAGGCCUGGAAAAGCCAAGGCAGUGCCGAGCCUCUGCACCCAGCAACGCCAUGCCCAUUCUCAGCUGUAGCAGGGAGGAUCACUUGGGCAUGACACUGUAUUGCACCUGGUGCUGUCCCAGCUUCUGCAAGGACUAUCCGGACCUCCGCCUUGCAGGUGACCGGCUGGAGCACUACAGCCCUCAUAACCCGGACCUGCUUAACGCACUGGACGACGGGCCACUGCUGCAAUCUCAGGACCUGACCUCUCUGGAACCCUCUCUGGAGCCACGUCACCAGGCAGAGGCUGCGACCCAGCAGGAUGAGGAGUAUCUUGUCAUGAAGAGCGUUCAGUGUCCUGGCUGGGAGAGAAGGCUCACCAACUCAAUGUUGAACGGAUACCUGGAAGUCCAAAUGCUGGAGGUGUUUUGUCAGCACAUGCAAAACAUGGCGUGCUGCGGAUCCUCAUUGCUGGGCACGGACGUCAUGCCGGCACUGGGGCCCACCAGCCUGACUGUAGCCAAAGAACAAACAGCCAGUCAGGAAGAAGAGCUUAAUUCUUCAUCCAAUAACGUGGUGCAAUAUUUAAGCACUUGUUCAGCUCCAGCAACCUCCCAUUUCAGCUCGCCUGUGCUGCGUAUCUCAGAAGCCGAGUAACCAACCUCAUGAACACACACGACGACUCCUGUCUUUUGACCAACACACAAAUAUUUGAAGGUAUUUGUGUUGUUAGAAUGUUUUGUAUGCAAUACUGACAUUUGUGGCAUGUUGAUUACUAGAAUACUUUUGUAAAACAAAAAUAAUUUCAGUAAAUAAUUCCAAAAAAGUACACAAGGCAAGGCAAUGAACACAAUGGUUUAAAACUAUAGUCAUAUAAUUUAAAUAAUAUAUGUGUUAGCAUGAGAUGUAAUAACUUAGUGAUGAGGUUACACUUAGGUUUAAAAGUUUGGGGUCAAUAAAAUUAGUAAUGUCUCUUAUGCUCACCACAAAGGCUGCAUUUAUUUGAUCAAAAAUAAAACGUAAUAUUAUUAAAUAUAAUUACAAUUUAAAAUAGCUGUUUUCUAUUUUAUUAGAAAAUUAUAAAAACAAUAUAUAAAUUAUAUAUAUAUAAACUUUAUUCCUGUGAAUCCUUAUUCAUAUGCUGAUUUCCUGCUCAAGAAAUAUGACUUAUUUUCAAUUCUGAAAACAGUGGUGAUGCUUUUUGUGCAAUAAUACAUUAUUUUCAGGAUUCUCUGAUGAAUAUAAAGUUCAAAAGAGCAUAAUUUACGUCAAAUAGAAAUCGUUUGUAACGUUGUAAAUUUCUUUACUGCCACUUUCUGAUUAGUUUAAUGCAUUCUUGCUUAAUAAAAAUAUCAUGAAUAUUAUAAAUAAUUAUAAUAUUAUAAAUAUGUGACCCUGGACCACAAAACCAGCUUCAUCACAUAGUUAUAUUUGUAGCAAUAGCCAAAAAUACAUUGUAUGCAUUAAAUGAUGUUUCUUUUAUGCCAAAAAUCAUUAGGAUAUUAAGUAAAGAUCAUGCUCCAUGAAGAUAUUUUGUAAAUUUCCUACCCUUAAUUUUUGAUUAGUAAUAUGCAUUUGCUAAGAACUUCAUUUGGACAAAGCGAUUUUCUCAGAACGAUUUUUAUUUUUUGCACCCUCAGAUUCCAGAUUUUCAAAUAGUUGUAUCUCAGCUAAAUAUUGUAAAAUGGAAAGCUUAUUUAUUCAGCAUCAUGAUGAUGUAUGAAUCUCAGUUUUAAAAAAUUGACCCUUAUGACUGGUUUUGUGGUCCUGGGUCAUGUAUAUAAAUAAAAAAAAAUCUUACUGGCCCUAAACUUUUGAACAGUAAUGCACAGGAAUUCUUUCCGUACAACCAUACAUUUACACAACCAAACUGCCUCACCUCCAAAUGAUAAUUUUAGCAGUGUUACAGAUGAAAUAAUAAAUGUGUUUACUGAAGAAUUUUUAUAAGUUCUUUAAAAAAAAUAAUGUAACAUUUCUAUUUUUUGUCCUGAGGGGCAAUUCUUAAAUAGUUUUAUGUUGUAAUCAAAAUUAUGCCACAGAUUUUAUUGACAGAGCUUAAUUAACAAUAAUGAUUUUCUAAAUGAUUCCUUUCCAAACCUCACAGAAUGACAAACUAUGCUGACAAGACAACUCAGAAACCCACAAACAUAUCUAAAGAUUUCUUCUCAUCUUUUUUCUUUUAACACUUCCACCAUCCUCCCCUUACCUCCGCUCUUCCAUUGUAGCCUUCUUCAACAUUAAUAGCACAGUGUACUUUUGGAAGAAGAGGAACCAAAGUCACACUGUCAUGUGUAUACUGUGUAAAGACCUUUAUAAAUGUUACCACUUCCUCCUAAACAGCCAAUCAAAUGUUUGUUUAUCCUCCUCAGUCCUACUGCUGACUGCUACUUUCACUUUCCUAAAGAAGUCUUUGAAAUAAAAUUGAAACUUUAUUA